GGCCAACAGAACGUAGGAGCAGAGACUAGAGCAGAUGGUGUCAGAGCCUGGGCUGGACCAGCCUGACUGGACUCUAUCCCACCCCAGGAAGUGGGAGGGUGGAGACCCCGGCGUGGCCCACCAGAAGACACCCACCAGCCUGCUGCUGACCCCGGAGGGCACCUUCCACAGCUUUGGCUACACAGCCAGGGACUACUACCAUGACUUGGACCCAGAGGAGGCUCGAGACUGGCUUUACUUUGAGAAGUUCAAGAUGAAAAUCCACAGCGCUAGCGACCUCACCAUGAAGACAGAGCUAGAGGCCGUGAAUGGCAAGAAGAUGCCUGCCCUAGAUGUGUUUGCCCACGCUCUGCGGUUCUUCAAGAAGCAUGCUGUGCAGGAGCUCAGAGAGCAGUGCCCGUCCCUGCCAGAAAGGAACGCCAUCCGCUGGGUACUCACCGUCCCUGCCAUCUGGAAGCAGCCCGCCAAGCAGUUCAUGAGGGAAGCUGCCUACCUGGUAAGUGAAGGGAGGUCUACAUGGACAGAGGUUCCAAGAGGGUCCACCCUACCUGGAGGCAAAACAAAGUGCUGGACUUCAAUGCAGGGAGACCCGAGUUCUAGUCCUGCCUCAGACAUUUACUAGCUGUAAAAAUGACCUGGGACCAGUUACUUAACUGCUACCUGCCUCAGUUUGCCAUUUGUAAAUUGGGGAUAAUAAUAGCAUCUACCUCUUAGGGUUGUUGUGAUGAUAUAAGAAAACAUUAUAGACAGCAGCCUAUACUGCGUGAUAGGAGAGAGGGCAGGAACCAUCCUUCCCACCCAGCCCAGUCCAGCCCCUCAGAAUCUCUCAAAUUCCCAGUGAGGCUGCAGUAGUGUGGAAGGGCAGCUAGGUAGUUCAGUGGAUAGAGCACCAGGCCUGGAGACAGACCGU